CGCCCGCACAGCCUCACCUCGUGCGCCAGGAUGCCCGACACCAUGCUGCCCAUCUGCUUCCUCGGCCUGCUGGCCUUCACCUCGGCCUGCUACUUCCAGAACUGCCCUCGGGGCGGCAAGAGGGCCAUGUCUGACCUGGAGCUGAGACAGUGCCUCCCCUGCGGCCCCGGGGGCAAGGGCCGCUGCUUCGGGCCCAGCAUCUGCUGCGGGGACGAGCUGGGCUGCUUCGUGGGCACGGCCGAGGCGCGGCGCUGCCAGGAGGAGAGCUACCUGCCGUCGCCCUGCCAGUCGGGCCAGACGCCGUGCGGGAGCGGCGGCCGCUGCGCAGCCGCGGGCCUCUGCUGCAACGACGAGAGCUGCGUCAUGGAGCCCGCGUGCCGAGAGGGCUUCCGCCGCCGCGCGCGCGCCGGCGACCGCGGCAACGCCACGCAGCUGGACGGCCCGGCCGGGGCGCUGCUUCUGCGGCUGGUGCAGCUGGCCGGGGCGGCCGAGCCCGCCGAGCCCCCCAAGCCCGGGCUCUACUGA